AUGUACUUCAGAAGCGCCAUCAUCUCCGGUCUGGCCACCACCGCCCUGGCCCAGGUGCAGCAAGGAUUCAACUACGGCGCCACGAACGAGGACGGCUCAUGCAGAGGCUACGAUGACUUCCGGGGCUAUUUCGAGACCGCAAAGAGCCUAGCUGGUGCGGGAUCCUUCACGUCGGCCCGCCUCUACACCUCGAUUCAGUGCGGCACCGUGAACGACCCGAUCUCAGCUUACCAGGCCGCCAUCGACACGGAUACAUCAAUCCUGGUCGGCCUGUGGGCCAGUGCCGGGCGUGGCGUUUACGAGAAUGAGCUGAACUCUCUUCUUCGCGCGGCAGAGCAGUACGGUGCGGCCUUCACCGACCGCAUCGUUGGCAUCUCUGUCGGCUCCGAGGACCUGUACCGGAGCAGCCCGGAAGGCGUCGCCGCCAACGCUGGGGUCGGAGCCACCGCCGCCGAAAUUGAGGGAUACAUCGGAUGGCUCCGCGAUUGGAUCCGCGGCACCGCCUUGGAGGGCAAGCCCAUCGGUCACGUCGAUACUUGGACUGCCUGGGUUCGUGGUGAGAACGCGGGGGUAGUCAGUUCUGUAGAAUGGCUGGGACAUAACGGUUUUCCGUUUUUUGAGUCUACCAAGCCCAACGCCAUCGAGCAGGCUCCUGACAACUUCUGGUCUGCGGUUGGACAGACCGAGAGCGUUGCAGGUGGCAAGCCUGUAUUCAUCACUGAGACAGGAUGGCCGCACAUCGGCCCUCAGCAAGGCGCUGCCGUUGCUUCCGUCGACAACGCUCGUCGUUACUGGUCUCAGGUUGGCUGCGCUCUCUUUGGACAGCGCAAUGUCUGGUGGUACACCCUCGUUGAUGCCAACACCGCUCAGACUGACAUCUCUUUUGGUGUGACGCCGGUUGGAAGUAGGCAGCCCGUCUUUGACUUGACCUGUUGA